AUGUCUGACAAUAACAAAGGUGAAAAAUUAGUUGCUACAACUUCAAUAACUAGUGAAGUUGAAGAUAAAUUAUCAUCAGUUGGUAAUACCAAUACUAACUCUAAUGAUAAUUAUAUUAGUAAAUUUUUAGAUUUAUCAAAUGAAGCUAAAGCUGAAGAUAAAAGAGAUAAACAUAUGACUUUAUUAGAAGGUAUUAGAACAUUUCCUAAAGCUAUUGGUUGGUCAGUUGUUUUAAGUACAGCUUUAGUUAUGGAAGGUUAUGAUUUAAAUUUAAUUACUAGUUUCUUUGCGUUUCCUGGUUUUACACAAAAAUUUGGUCAAUAUUAUCCUGAAUUAGAUGAAUAUCAAAUACCUGCUAAAUGGCAAACUGGUAUUUCAAUGUCUUAUCAAUGUUCUCAAAUUAUUGGACUUUAUCUUGCUGGUAUUUUUGCUGAUAAAAUAGGUUAUCGUAAAGUUUUAAUGACCACAUUGAGUGCCAUUAAUGGUUUGAUUUUUAUACAAUUUUUUGCACCUAAUAUUGAAGUUUUACUUGUUGCUUAUGUUCUUUUGGGUUUAGUUUGGGGGUCUUAUCAAACAUUAGCAGUAACCUAUGCAGCUGAAGUUGCUCCAGUACCUUUAAGAUUAUACUUGACUACUUACAUUAAUGUUUGUUGGGUUUUUGGUCAAUUGAUUUCAAGUGGUGUUAUCAAAGGGAUUUCAACAAUGUCAAAUCCAGAUUCUUAUAAAAUUGCUUUUGGUCUUCAAUGGAUGUGGCCUAUUCCUUUAUUAAUUGGUGUCUUUUUAGCUCCCGAAAGUCCAUGGUUUUUAGUUAAAAAAGGUAGAUUAAAAGAAGCUGAAAGAUCAGUUACAAGAUUAUUAUCAAUGCCUGAAAAACAACUUGUUGCAGAAAAUAUUGUCACAAAAAUACAAUUAACUGUUAAAGAAGAGAGUGCCAUUGAUUCUACAGGUUCAAUAGUAGAUUGCUUCAAAGGUUCAAAUUUAAGACGUACACAUAUAGCAUGUGUUACAUGGCUUAUUCAAAGUAUUACAGGUGCCACAAUGAGUAUGUAAAUUAUUAAAUUGGUUAACUACAUUACUAACUUUUCUAGUGGGUUAUAGUACAUAUUUUUACCAACAAGCUGGUUUAGCACAAUCAAUGUCAUUCACAUUUUCAAUUAUCCAAUAUGCUUUAGGUAUUGUUGGUACAUUAGGAUCAUGGUUCAUUUCUAGAAAAUUUGGUCGUUUUACAAUCUAUAUUUAUGGUUUAUGUAUGAUGUUUGUUUGUUUAAUGAUUACUGGUGGUAUGGGGGUCUCAACUUCAACAUCUGCUAAAUGGGGAGCUGGAAGUAUGCUAUUAGUUUAUACAUUUUUUUAUGAUUUAACAAUUGGUCCGUUAUGUUAUUGUAUUGUUGCGGAAAUGCCAUCAGCUAGAUUAAGAGCAAGAACUGUUAUGUUGGCAAGAAACUGUUACAACAUUGGAAAUAUAGUUGUUGGUAUAGUUACACCUUAUAUGCUUAAUCCUACAGCUUGGAAUUUAGGUGCAAAAAGUUCAUUUGUUUGGGCAGUUAUUUGUUUCAUUUCAAUCAUUUGGUGUUAUUGCUUUUUACCUGAAACGAAAGGGAAAACGUUUGCAGAAUUGGAUGUCUUAUUUAGAGAUAAAGUUGGUGCUAGAAAAUUCAAAUCAACUGAAGUUGAAGUAUUUUCAGCUGGUGAAAUGAUGGAAAAGAUGGAUGGUGAUCAAAUUAAAGAUAUGUUGAAAGAAAGAGAACAUGUUGAACAUGUUGAUAUUGAAAAAUGA